UUCAAAAUAUAAAAUACCAAAAGAUAAAUCAACAUUUGCUUUAAAAAGACAUCUUAAAAAAAAAUAUAAUAAUAUGAUUACAAAUAAGAAAAUUACAGGCGCAAUGAAUAAAUUUGUUAAAAAAGAAGAAUUG